AUGACGCGCAAUGACGGUGCUCUCGACGGCGGCUGGCUGUCUCUGACGACCUCGCCGACCGCACGAUCCACGACCGUGCCUGAAGUUGUUCCGGUUGCUGCUGCCAGGCGCUCGUCCAACAACAAUUCUAGCUCGGGCUUAGGCUCAGGCUCAGGCUCAAGCUCAGGCUCGGGCUCGGGCGUGAGCACUAUUCGGCAGCGGCGCACCAGCGCCGGCGGACAGCCCCCGGCAGCUCGUCGCCGGCGCAGCUCCAGCCUGUCCGACUACAGUCAGGAAGCCCGCGAACUGCUCGAUCCCACGCCAGCCAUGACAGCUGCCGAUGCACUGCGCCAGCAGCGGCCAACGUCCGGCUGGGACUCGCUGCCCUUGGCUUUCGCUCUGCUGCCGGCAGUUGGCGGGCUGCUCGUGCAGGGAGGUAGCGCCUUUGUGACUGACUUGAUGCUGCUGGCACUUGGGGCUAUCUUUCUGCACUGGAGCGUGACCCAGCCAUGGGUGUGGUACCACUCUGCGCGACAGGUUCGUGAAGACCAGCAGACAAGCGUGGACUAUGCCGUCGACAGUGACGUGGACGUCGAGGGACACAACGACGGCAGUGGUGUCGACGACAAGGACACUGCCCGAUCGACGAGCCCAGGCACGCUCGAAGACGUGCCCGAAGAGGGAGAAGAGGGCGAGGACGUAAAGAAGAAAAGGGAAGCGGCAGAGGAAGCGAAGAGCCAGGAACGCUCCCAACACGCUGAACGACAGCGAUUUCGUGCCGGCCAGGAAGCAGCGCUGCGUGAGCUGCACCGCCAUGAGGUGCUGGCGCUGCUAUCGUGUUUCGUGGCGCCGGUGCUCGGAGCUUGCCUGCUGCAUGGCCUCCGCGGCCAGCUGACCCGGCCGUCCGAGGGCCUCAUCUCCAGCUACAACCUGACCAUCUUCAUUCUCGGCGCCGAGGUGCGGCCGCUGCGCCACCUCAUCCAGCUCGUCCGCGCCCGCACUCUGCACCUGCAGCGUGUCGUCAACGCCAACCCCUACCGCGAGGAGGAGGAGCGCUACCGCAAGCGCCGUGCCGAGGAGGAGAAGGCCCAGAACGAGACGCUGGCCGGCGUCGUCCAGCGUCUGGCCGAUCUCGAAGGCCACGUCCAGCCUGGCCUGGCCGGCCUGUCGUCGAGGCCUUCGACCUCCUCAAGAAGAGAGCACGACCAGCUGUUGCUCGACCUGCGCGCCCAGCUGCAACCAGAGCUUGACAUGCUGGCGCGUGCUCUACAACGCACUCACAAGCAGCAGACGCUUCUGGAGAGUCAGUUGGCCGAACUGCAACAGGCAACUGACAAGCAGGUAGACGAGGCCGCGUCGCUGGCCCAGGCUUCAGGCCAGCAGAAACGAAACAACUGGCUGCGAAAGGCCGGCUUUUGGCUGCUCAGCAUUGUGAGUGCAGCCUUGAAUACCGUCCUGUGGCCGUUCCGGACGGCCUUGGCGGCUGUGCUGUACGUUCCGCGUCGGGUAGUCGUUCUGCUGCUGUCAGUAAAGCCGCCGGCACAGAUCCGCCGCGCCGACAAGAUCAACGGAGCCAGCAGCAAAAAGGCAAGGGGUGACGCCACAUUUGAUAAAGUUGUCAGCAGCAAGGGUAUGAGCCGAAGGUGA